AUGACUGGGACGAUCAUGUACAACGGUGUCAUCUUGCUCGACUACACCGCCGAUUGCGUACACAUUGUAGCUAAAAUGCGUCCCGAUGAAGGUGGCCAACACGUACCCGUACACAAAGAUGCUGAUAUGUUUGAGGAAACGCCGACGUAUGUACGGAGAAAGCGGAAGAAUCAAGAGCAUCACAUGAUAGCCACAGAGUAUAUUCGUCGUGCUACGCGUCUUGAUAUAUCUCAAUUACGUUCACAUAAGAAACUUGGUGAAUGGUAUGUAAGAAUAUCUGCUAAUUUACAGUCGGGAAACACUGGACUAGUUGGAUGA